GAUUGCAGGCAGAUCCCAACGCCGCGGCGCGAUACCUAGCCCACCGGCGCGGCGGCAGACCUAUCCGAUCUCUCUCGGUAGUCGAUCGCGCGCGCGAAAAAAGAAAGCACGUCGGAAGCUCUGCGGAUGUCGCUCGUGGCCGCAACCGACGCGGUGCAAUGAUCCUGAACGUAAUAGAUCGGUUGUGACCUCCUUCGGGGCCUUACCGCCAUCGUAGCCCUCCCCGUCAUCGUCGGGGCCAGCGUUCAGCUCUCCGUGCGCUUGUGCAGCCAGCCCGCCCUGAUGGUGCCCGGUGGUUCGCGCGAAAGGAUCGCCGUGUGUCGCGAUGCGCUACCGAACGGUUCGCACGUGCCCCGAUAAUCGUUCGCGAGACGAGAUGUCCGCUCGCCGAGUUUGAUUUUCUCAAGAGCAGAGAGCGAAGAGGAGGAAGCGGAGGAUCGUGACAAUCCAGGGAGAUAAUCGCGGAUUUCCAUACGCAGUUUACUUCCCUUCGACGACAGUGAAAGCAAUUUUAACUUGGAAAUUUUCUUUAAGUUGCCUCCUUAAAGCGAAGCUAACGAUAGGAUAACUUUUUAGUUCUGACGUUGUACAAUUCUACAUAAUCUAAUUGCAUUAAAGAGAAAUAAUUUUAUUCCUUCGUAAUUCCCCACACAGACGAGCUCACGCGAGAAAUAUCGUACGGGAAUAAUACACGUUCCUCUACGCUUGAUAAUCCAGAAAAAUCGUGGACGCCUCGUCAGUGUCUGAGUAAGACCAAGAUGACUCGCGUCGUGAAAAGGCACAGCGCAGUUUUGAAGGCCGCGGGAUGAAGGCUCGCAAGGCCUAUCCCGACAUUCCUCGUGUGCUACGUCUCACGUGAAAUCUUGGAAGCGCCGCGUCUUCGAAGCUUGAAGGAUGUCUCUGGGGCAACGUAUCUCCGGCGCGGUUGCGGUUCUCCGGGGGACCUCGACGGAGGCCAAGGAGGGCGGCGGCCACACGUCGUGCGUGGAGGAGAUCGAGAAGAUGACGUCCGAGGAAGAGGUCGAGGCCGAGGCGAAGCACAAAGUGACGGCGCUCGACAGGUUACAGAUGGUGAUAGAAUGGAUGGGAAGUAACAUGCUUCUGGCACUGACCAUCGCUGGAGUUUUGAUGGGUCUGGGUCUCGGGUUUCUGGGUCGAUUGGCCAAUCUCACGCCGCAAUCUAUAAUCCUCGUCAGCUUCCCGGGAGAGCUCCUUAUGCGGAUGCUGAAGAUGUUUAUCCUGCCACUCAUCAUCUCGUCAUUAAUUUCCGGAAUGGCACAGCUGGACGUUCAAAGGUCAGGAAGGAUAGGGUUCAGGGCGUUAACCUACUACUCGAUAACGACUAUUCUCGCCGCUAUAGUGGGCAUCGCGAUGGUGCUGAUGAUCCAUCCGGGUAAUCCGGAGAUCAAGACUUCGGUCGCGGCAGUGGUGAAGGCCGAGGAGACAAAAGUCUCCACGGUAGACGCGAUCCUCGACAUAAUUCGAAACAUGUUGCCGGAGAACCUGGUGCAAGCGUGCUUCCAGCAGGUUCAGACAUCCUACGUGAAGAAGAAAGUGGUCGUGAUCGGCAGCGCGAAUCAAAGCGAGUACAUAUUAGAGCCGGCCUUGGUUUACAAGGACGGCACGAACGUGAUGGGCAUGAUCGUGUUUUGCAUCAUCUUCGGCGUGCUCGCGGGCCAGAUAGGACCGCGCGGCAAACUGAUGGUAGACUUCUUCGUGGUGUUGAACGAUAUCAUCAUGAAACUCGUCACGAUCGUCGUCGUUUGGUAUUCUCCGUUUGGAAUUAUGUGUUUGAUAGCUGGCAAAAUAAUGUCGAUCGCAAAUCUAGCGGCAACCGCCCAGAUGUUGGGCCUGUACAUGGUGACAGUUGUAAUAGGCUUGAUGAUCCACGCGAUCAUCACGCUGCCGUUCAUCUACUGGUUUAUAACUCGAAAGAAUCCCGCAGUGUUCUUUAGAGGCAUGAUGCAGGCCUGGGUGACAGCGUUGGGAACCGCUUCGAGCGCGGCGACGUUGCCUCUGACUUUCCGUUGUCUCGAAGAAAACAACAAGAUCGAUCCGCGAGUGACGCGCUUUGUUGUGGCGGUCGGUGCCACCGUAAAUAUGGACGGCACAGCUCUUUACGAAGCAGUGGCCGCGAUCUUCAUCGCACAAUUGAACGGCAUCUCAUUGGGAUUCGUUGAAGUCAUCACCGUCAGUCUCACGGCUACUUUGGCGAGCGUUGGAGCCGCGAGCAUCCCCAGCGCAGCCUUGGUCACCAUGCUGUUGGUGCUGACCGCCUUGGGUCUCCCUACGAACGACGUUUCCCUGUUAUUCGCUAUCGACUGGAUGCUGGAUCGGAUCAGAACCUCGAUCAACGUUCUGGGCGAUGGUUACGGGGCUGGAAUAGUCUAUCACUUAAGCAAAGCGGAGUUGGACAAGAUGGACGAGGAGAGAAGACUGGAGGGUUUGGAAACCGGCAGGCCCCUCGAGAUCGUCGCCGAGAGCUGUCGGGAAGAAACAGCAGCGCACGAGCAAACUUCCGAGACGAAAAUCUGAGGUCCUCCCGCGGAUUUCAGCAAAGUGACACUGUUACGUCAGGAAUGUUAUCCGUCAGUUCGCAAGAACUAUCACUCGUCCUUGUGUUAAGUAUAUUCGUGUAAUGCAAUUGACUUUCACUGCCGAAAUCAAGUUAAAUGUAACACGCAUCAAAGUCAGCUAUAUAUAUAUAAUUGUUAAGGAUACGAUUUAAAUCUUAUUUAAUGAACAGAUUUCCGUUUUUGUAGACAAUGUUAGCUAGUAGCGAGUGGACAAAGGCCAUUAAAAACACUGACAUAGAAAAUGAGCAUGUUAAGUACAAACUAUCGGAAGUUGUGUAUCGAUUUCAUAUUUUUUUCCCCUAGUGCGCGAGAGGAGAUUCUUCUACUUUAGAAUAUCAAAGAAUGUACGCAGAAAUAAUCAUGUACAGCAAGAUAGAAAUAAAACAUAAUAAAUUAUUAGAAAUCGCAUCUGAUGCGGAAACUAAGCGCUUAAAAUGUUCAUCGACCGACGGUAUUUAAAAAGAAAAUGUAUAAUAAAUAAAUUUAAGCGAUUUAUUUCAGAAUUAAAAGCAAUAUUAAUUUACUGAAACAAUCGCUGUUAAUACCGCGUUGAUUAAAAUAAACAGUUAACUAUUUGCACGUGUUCACAGCCGCGUGUAUAGGUAUAUGGUCACCACUAAUCUUUUCAUCGAAUAAUUGUAAUUCAGUAAUUAAUAAUUUAUUAUGCAAAUAUAUAUCUAUCAUAUAUAUAUUUAUCAUACAUCCAAUAAAGAGAAUAUGGCUCCUAUAUUAAUAUCUCUAUUGCAUUGGCUUUAAUAUUGUCUCUCUACACUCAAACGUUGAAUAAUAAAUGCGAUUUUCAU